CUAUUUAAUGAUUAAAAAAAUAUUGGAUCUUCCAAACUCUUGUAUAUAUACCUGUCUCACUCUCACAGACAACACCACUGUACUUUCUCCUCUUCCUCCAGUUUUAUUGUAGUGGUCCAUUUCCUGCAUAGUCCAUGCAAACUGAUACGAAAAUGAUGGACAAGAAGUUUCUCAAGGCAUGCCAAAAUAAAUGGCAAAAGAUAGGUGGCAAAGUCAUACCUUCAUCAGCUUGCGACAAAUGUUGUAAAUGGACUAUGUGGCCUUUUCUAAAAGAAGAGGAGGCGAUUCCUAGGGAUGUUCCAAAAGGUCACGUUGUAGUUUAUGUAGGGAAAUAUCAAAAGAGGUUUGUAAUCAAAAUCACCUUGCUGAAGCACCCACUCAUCAAGGCAUUGCUAGAUCAAGCUCAAGAAGUUUAUGAUUUCACUGCUGAUUCGAAAUUAUGGAUCCCUUGCGACGAAAACAUCUUCAUUAGUGUCAUCAGAUGUGCUACAUCACCAGAAAGUCGACGCAUCUCAAUUUGCUUUUGAUGGUCCAAAUCACAAAGCUCGUCAUAGUAAUUCAUCCACGAUGAUUAACUCAUUGCUUAGAAGGUUGACAUCAAAAAUCAUAACCUGCUGUAUACUAUAUCUAUUGAAUGUAAAUUCAUUGUCUACGAAGUUGAGAAUUACUUCUUUAUUCAA